UGUUUGCUGUCUGUCGAACUAGAGCGGGAUGAUAUCAGCUGCAGGAACACCAGGGUCUAUUUUGGGGGACUUUUGCCCCUUCAGAACUUGCUGUACAGUUCCACUGAAUAAUUAAUCCUGCAAUUCUUUGGCUGAUUUAUAUUGCAGAAAAUUACAACACAGGCUGGAAUAUUACAGUACUCAUUAAAAGGGGUAAGACAGGGACCCAGGGGAAGGAAUGCAUGACCCUUUGUGUCCUAGUUAAAGUGACUCGUGUCGCUGUAUUUAGCUGUAAAACUACAGGGCUGGUAGGAUUAAACACGGAGUAGAAAGUAGUGCAAUGAAAAUCCUUCCUCUCGACAUUUUCUAACCCCAUUAGGGAGGACUGCAUCGGAAAGGUCAUCUGGAACCACAAAACAUUUUAAAUAUAAUAUUUAAUUGAACAAGACAAACUAGUAUAUAUAUUUUUUAAAUUGAUAUUUCUCUUAGAAAUUAUGAAAGGCUUGUGUGUGUGUGUGUUUGUGUGUGUCUGCUGGCUCUUGUCCGUACUUGUAUGUGAAAUUGGAAAAUCUAAAAAAAGAAAGACAGGAUGACAGCGUCUGUAUUCAUCACAGUAGUAAGUAUUGAUUCGUUUUUUACAGAAAUACAAAACAACCAUAGCUCUUGUUACUGUGGCUACCAGUGUUCAUUUUCAACAGGGUUCCUUUUUGUAUAGCAUUUUUAGACUCAUCAUUGACUUUAGAAGCCACAAGGCUUGAAACUUGUAUUAUCCUCUGUAAAAAAGACACACGUCACACCAGCAUUGAGAAUCAUGAUCACAAUAAACCAGUCCAAAACUAAAUGUUGUACUCAAUUAGUCAUAUUCAGGAUGUAUUUGGCUUGACUAAAUGAAUGAAUUUGAAUAUCUAAAGUGUUACUUUUGGUGCUAUAUUUCACAGAAAACCCAAUAUCACUAGCAAUCACACAUUUAGAAUUCCUAGUAAAUUUUGGGCUAGAUUUUGUUAGCUAAAUUGGUUAUCCACCCUACUCUUUUCAAAAUACAGUCAAAGCAGGGGUCACAAACACAAAUUAACUGAAGGCCACAAUCACUACUUUUUUUUCUACCGUAGAUUGACCUCCGAUUUUAUUACUCAUCAAAAUGUACCUUCACAGUAAUCAUAUUUUUGUUGUUAUAGUUAUAGAUAAAAUAUAAAUGUGAUAGCUUUAGUUCCCCUCUGACUAAGGAAAACAACAAGUUUGUUUCUUGAUUAUUACUUAAAUGUGGAUAGAAAAACAGGCUUGUGUGAUGUUGAUUUAAUUAUUCAACAUACUUAUAAAUGACCUUGAAAACUUUUGUUUUCUACCAGGACUUCAUCUCUUCUUGGGGCGUUUGACAUUCCAGCAGCAUGCAUGUCAUUUAGAUUAACUGUCCAAAAAACUUGUCAAUUUAUUUUGGCUUCAUCCAAAGACAGAGGUUAGUUUAUGUAACUUUGAGCUCCUACCUUAUUAAUGUGCCUUACUUCAUAGAUAUAAAUUGCGAGACAAAGCUCUUUCAGCUUUUAUGUUUUCCUCACUCACCCUCUGCCUGCACAAGUGACUGGAGAAGUUUGGCAGCUACAUUGUAAUUUUGUUUUAUGUGGCUGAGAUUUAGAGUACAAGGACAGUGAGCCCAGACACCCAAUGGGAACUGAGAUGCACUAUUAAGAUGAUGUUUGUGUGAUGGUGUGUAUGUUUGUGUUUAUGCCCGACUUUUAGUGGCUACAGCACGGUCGUUAACCGAGUAUAAUGUUUGUUUUAAACCUUUGACUGAGUCUUUUUGGAAAUUAAAUUUGUCAAUAUUUCUGUGUUGCCAACCUUUGAUUGACUAAUAUUCCUCUCCUCUCCUUGUUCUCAUUUCAUUUCAGUGGGCCUAAAUCUUCUAUCCAAAGACCUGGAGACCCGUCAACAAAUUAUGAAUGUUCAACAAUAUGACCUCCUCUCAACAGCAGCAGAUGAUGCGAGGUCCUAGGUUGAACCGGGCCUUGUCCGACCCUUUGCUCGUGCUGCUUCUAGCUCUCCAGCUGCUGGUGGUGGCGGGUCUUGUUCGUGCACAGACGUGUCCCUCCGUUUGCUCUUGUAGUAACCAAUUCAGCAAAGUUAUAUGCACCCGGCGAGGCCUGCGCGAUGUCCCUGACGGCAUCUCUACUAACACACGCUACCUGAAUCUGCAGGAAAAUCUAAUUCAGGUCAUCAAGGUAGACAGCUUCAAACAUCUAAGGCAUCUAGAGAUCCUGCAGCUGAGCAAAAACCACAUUAGAAAAAUAGAGCUGGGGGCGUUCAAUGGACUGGCAAGCCUCAAUACACUGGAGCUUUUUGAUAACCGCCUUACGACCAUCCCAAACGGGGCAUUUGAGUACCUGUCCAAAUUAAAGGAGCUUUGGCUGAGGAAUAACCCCAUAGAGAGCAUUCCGUCCUAUGCUUUCAACAGAGUGCCCUCAUUACGGCGUUUGGACCUUGGGGAGUUGAAAAGGCUCUCGUACAUUUCUGAGGGUGCCUUUGAAGGGCUGAGCAACUUGCGCUACCUAAAUCUGGGAAUGUGCAAUUUGAAGGAAAUUCCCAACCUCAUUCCUCUGGUGAAGCUGGAUGAACUGGAGAUGUCGGGAAACCAACUCACCGUCAUUCGUCCUGGCUCUUUCAAAGGGCUCAUCCACCUGCAAAAGCUGUGGAUGAUGCACGCCCAAAUCCAGACCAUAGAACGGAACUCUUUUGACGACCUGCAGUCUCUAGUGGAACUCAACCUAGCCCACAACAACCUUACUCUUUUGCCCCAUGAUCUCUUUACUCCUCUGCAUCACCUGGAGAGGGUGCACUUACACCACAACCCAUGGAAUUGUAACUGUGACAUCCUCUGGCUGAGCUGGUGGCUUAAAGAGAUGGUACCCGCAAACACGAGCUGCUGCGCUCGCUGCAGCUCACCGACUCAACACAAGGGACGGUACAUUGGUGAGUUGGACCAGAACUACUUCCACUGUUACGCUCCAGUUAUUGUGGAGCCUCCUGUGGACCUCAACGUGACGGAGGGGAGCUCAGCAGAGUUGAGGUGCAAAGCGAGUUCCUUAACCUCUGUGAGCUGGAUCACGCCUAAUGGGUCAAUCAUGACACACGGUGCAUACAAGGUCAGAAUCUCGGUGCUCAACGAUGGCACUUUAAACUUCACUAAUGUCACCAUGCAGGACACUGGCACCUACACGUGCAUGGUGAGUAACUCUGCAGGCAACACGACGGCGUCUGCCACACUCAAUGUGUCCUCGACAGAAAACAGCAGCUUCAGCUAUUUUACCACAGUGACAGUGGAGACCAUAGAAACCCCACAACAUGAGGGUUUCACCACUACUGUGCAACAGAAGGUGGGCACCACGCCCUCUGCUGGAACGUGGGAAUCCAUCUCAGUCAUCUCGACGACCACCACCACUACCACCACCACCACGUUUCGCACUCCUCUCUCUACCCGUGCCACAGAGAAGACUUACACGGUCCCUGUCACAGAGUUGAUUGGCGAGGGCUCACUCAACGGUUUGGACGAGGUGAUGAAGACGACCAAGAUCAUCAUCGGCUGCUUCGUUGCAAUCACACUUAUGGCAGCGGUCAUGUUAAUUAUCUUCUACAAGAUGCGCAAACAGCACCACCAGCAGAACCAUCAUGCGCCCACACGCACUAUUGAAAUCAUCAAUGUGGACGAGGACUGUGUUACGGGAGGACCCGGCAUGGAGGGUCACCUGACUUUGCCUCCACUUGAACAUGAGCACCUCAACCACUACAACACCUACAAGACCGCAUACAACCAUGCCUCAACUAUCAAUUCCAUACACAGCUCAGUGCACGAACCUUUGUUAAUCCGGGCCAGUUCGAAAGACAAUGUACAAGAGACCCAAAUCUAAUCCCUUUUUUUUGUUUUCCUUUUCAAAUUAACAAGUGAAAAACUAUGGCGGAAAAAACACUAUGAGGAACAGUAGCUGAUAUUUGGUUGUGAGGAUUCUAACUGACUUCUGUUGGGCUAUUAUUUUGGCUGGUGAUUGUUGAAUAAAUGACUCUGAGAAAUAGUGUCUUCAAAAAAAAAAAACAGAAGUUAUUUAUUUAAGAACAAAUGAUGUGGUUAUAUCAAGAAAAUGUAUUCUGCAAUUAUUUUUCCAGCACUUAUUUCACUUUUGUUGGUUUUUUCCCUCAAAUUACACGUGUUCGGUUAUUUGAUGUUUCCAUGAAAUGUUUGAAGACAUUUGUUAAUGAACAUCCCUUUAACAUAGUAUUAGAAACUCUGAGACUCUGGAUCAGAUGGUUGGGUUAGCCCAUUAUUAGGAAAGAAGCAUAUGAGUGAUUUCAUCUACAACUGCAAUGAAUGGCACAAUCUGUAACUCAUUUAUUACAUAUAUCAUAGGCACGCUGUUAUCACUGAAGUGAAAUCCCCUAAUGAGUAAAAUAUAUAUGUACAAGUUAAAGAAACCUUCAGACGUUACUUUAUUUCUUGAAAGGAUUUUUUUUUUAAAUUAUACAUUAAAAUAACUUUAUCCUUAUGUGCCUAAUGUAUGUUCAAAUUAGAAUUUAUAAAAUUAUUCUGAAGAUUCUUGGCCAAAUGUGUUAAAAAAAACAGUGUUCUGAGGCUGAUGAUUUAAUUCUAGUUAAUUAAAAAUAUAUUUGGAGAUGUAAAGAUUUUGAUGCCUCUGAAUGUUUUCACAGAAUAUGACAGUAGUACAUCAGCCUUCCUCGUACUCAGACACUUCACCUCCUUUCUGCAAGUGCAGGAUACGAUGCCAAGAGAUUGGUGUGGUCUGCUGAACGAGUGUAAACCCUUUAUACAGCCGCCGGAGCACAUCGCCUGUCCUCAGAGUGUGAAUCUCCCACGUGGGUAUAGUCUGGCAGUCCCAUUUCUGCACCCCCACCCUCGCCAACAUAAAACUUGGCCCCAGAAGGCGGGGCCUAUUCUAUAAGAGGAUUACAGGUGCACGUGUGGGAUUGGGCAUCAAACCAGGAGUUUUGUUGUUUCUGUCCCUGCAGUAGCUUGGCAACAAACUAAUUUCUCCUCUAAUUGAGCUGCGAGGUGGCUUUGGGUAGCAGCAGCUCUUCACAUGCCAGUUUGCUUAGGAUAUACACAUACUAACUUAAAAAAUGAGACACUUUUACAAAAGAAGAAAAUCCUGGAAAUGCAGAAAGUAGGUCUAUAGUUAUCAUUAUUCUACAUGUGUACACUAGCCACAUGAAACUGUGGCAUUAGAAUGGGUAAAGAUUUGAGCACCAUGGUCCAUUUGGUUUUAAGCCACAUAAUUAUUUUGCCAUUAACAGUAAGUUAAAUCUCAACUAAAAGGAUGCAAAAAAAAAAAAAAAAAUGUAAGACUUCAAAUCGUUUUUAUGUGGGAUUUUCUCACAUCAGAUUAAUACAACAACUGGAAAUGGAACAACGGGUUUUCUUUUUCUUAAAUGGGUAACAUUAGGAAUAAAAUAUAUACAUAUCUACAUAGAGUAAACAUUAUCAACCACACCAACAAACUCUAAAUUGCACACAUCUAUCUUUGGUUAGUUGUUUUGGCUACAAUCAAACGAGAUUGUUACUAGAUUUUAACUAAUUAUUUAGGUUACGGAUUCAGUAGGUCAUAAUUGCACCGCCUAGCUAACUGUUCCCUCACUGUUUCCCAACCUUUCCUAAACCAUGACAAACAUUUUGGCUUAAAGAAAUAAAUUAAAAAUAAAAUCAGAACAAACAAAGUUCUCAAUAAUUUGUUUGAUACUAUGUGUGUUAAAAUAUAAAGAUUUCAUACUUUUAAUGUACCUAAUUUACAUUUAGUUGAACACAACUUUUUUUAUGUCACACUAAUGUGCCGCGAAACUGUGUUUGGAAAUUACUGGACAUAUUACGCAAAUUACGUCUGUAUGGAUUUAGUCUGACUACCUAAUAAUAGGGAUAAUUUCAUGAAUUUCUUAACAUACACCCCAGACAUGUUUUUAUACUGAUGAGAACUGAGUGUUCUGAAAUAAGACAAAAGUAAAAAAAAAAAAACCACUACUUUUAUAAAUUCUUUUCCCAGUAUGUUUUAAGUAAGAGAUAAAAAAAUGAGGACAGAACAAUUAUUUUAACCUUGU